CUUAUUAACCCCAUUAAUGUCUAAUAUGUCAUUAAAAACCAUCCUAAUUAUUCUGAUUAUAACCGAAUUAACUCUCUCGCAUCAGCGACUUCACCCACUAUUUUGCUACCAACAAGUUGGACCGUCUCCUCUAGCUGACAUACUCGACACAAACAUCCCAAGAAACAAAGGUAUCUUCCUAAUAGAAACAUCCUGUCUUUCGAAGCAUUUCCAACAAAUCACAUUAGAAAGAAGACAAUUAUGCGCAUUGGAAUCAGUCGCGAAAACAAACCCCAACAAAAACAUUUACAUGGUUUUCGUGGCGAAAGCACGUUUACCCAUUCAAGAUACAAAUCCUUCAUCAAAAAUGGUUAUGGAACUUCAAAAAUCUUAUAAAAACAUCUAUUUCGUUAAUUUAAAUUACGUUGAGUAUGUCGAAAAUACGCCGGUUCAAGAUGUUGCGAUGACUAUUGUUGAAAAAUUAACGUUACAUUCUUAUUCGUACGCUGAAGAUAUACUGAAAUUGUUAACUUUAUGGAGGUUUGGUGGGAUUACGUUAGAUUUGGACGUUAUCGUUUUGAAAUCGUUACACAAGAUGCCCAGAAACUUUCUCGGUGCUGAAAGCGAUUCGAGAAUUGGAAGUGCUGUUAUGGGGUUUAGUUCUGAAGAGUUCGGCCACGAAUACGUAACGAAAAUGUUGGAAGAGUACUGGAAAACUUUUAUUUUGAAAUCGAGAGGUGGUUCGGAUUUUACUACUAAAAUAAUUAAAAUGAUUUGUAAAGAAACGAAUACCUCCGCGAUUAUCCAACGUGGAUGCGAGGCAAUCAAAAUAUAUCCGAGCGAAUUUUUUUAUCCAAUCCCUUGGACGAAUUGGACGCAACUUUUUGAUGCCCGCGAAAAUGAAAACGUUUGGAAAUUAAUCGAGAAAAGUUUUGUGGUGAAUUUUUGGGGGAGCAGAAGCUUUUCGAAAAAGUUAAGGGUUAAUUCGUUUGCGCCUUACGUUGAUAUAGCAAGAUCGUUUUGCCCGAAAGUUUUUAAUUUAAUGAACGAUUAUUUAUGAUUUUUUAAAAUAAAUUACGUAUAU